AUUUGUGAAAGCGCGAAUAUUUGGUUUUUUCUACCACGACGUGUUUUUUGGGCUCACUGAUAUUGAAGGAGAGAAUCCGUGACAUGACCGAUGCACAAAACUGUUCCCACCGGUGAUCUGGCCAAAUUUGCCGACUUACAUAAAAUCGGCGAAGGAACUUAUGGAGUGGUUUUCAAAGGAGUGCACAAAAGAACGGGAAAGCAUGUAGCCUUGAAGAAGAUCAGCUUGGAAAGAGACAACGAAGGAGUUCCCAGCACAUGUAUACGGGAAAUUUGUUUGUUGAAGGAUUUGAAUCACCGGAAUAUCGUUCGACUCUAUGACGUUAUACAUUCAGGAAUGCAGCUCUAUUUGGUAUUUGAGUUUAUUGAUAGGGAUUUGAAGAGCCUUUUGGACAAAUUACCAGGGAAGAGGUUGCCUAUGAAGCAUGCAAAGAGUUUCCUAUGGCAACUUCUACAAGCUCUAGCCUACUGUCAUACUCGAAGGGUUUUGCAUAGGGAUCUGAAGCCUCAAAAUCUUCUUGUGGAUGACAGUGGGGUCAUCAAAUUAGCCGAUUUUGGACUUGCACGGAACUUCUCAAUUCCUAGUCGUGUUUACACUCAUGAAGUCGUCACUUUGUGGUACAGAGCCCCGGAGAUCUUAUUGGGAGGACGUUAUUACUCAACUGCGAUAGAUGUAUGGAGCCUAGGAUGUAUAUUUUCUGAAAUGGUAGCGGGUGCGCCUUUGUUUGCCGGAGACUCUGAGAUAGAUCAGUUGUUCCGGAUAUUCAAAAUCUUGGGAACGCCUACUUCUGAGAGAUGGCCUGGGGUGGAAAAGCUGCAGGACUACAAGAAAUCAUUCCCAAAAUGGUCAUAUAACGAAGAAGCACUUCUUGCUGCUACAUCUCCCAUGAGCGAAGAUGGAGUAGACCUCCUCAGGGAAAUGCUACGGUAUCAUCCUGAAUCUCGAAUAACAGCAAAGGCGGCCUUGGGCCAUCGGUACCUCCGCGAUGUGGCGAUGACGCCACCCGAGGUUGCACCCCUACUCAAUGGUCAGUUCGAGUCAACCAGUGCCAAAGAUAGUGUCCACGAUUUGGACGCGACUGAACUUUGAUGUCCUAUAUUUGAAAAAUUGUCCUUCUUAAUUUUCUUCAUCUGUGAAUCUUAUUGCUUUCAAAGUCAGUGUUCCUUAGCCAUAACGUUUUCAUCUUAAAACAUGUGAAUUUGUGAAUAGUUUGAUUCAUGUUAGUAAACGUUAGUUAAACUUGUCAAAAAA